UUUGAAUAUUCUAUGAGUUUUAUAAUAACAAAGUAAGCAGAAUACGAUAGACAAGAAUGACUUACAUUACCAUACAUUACUAUACAUUAUCAUACUUAUCACCAAUGUUAUCAUUUCGUAUACACAAUCAAGUGAAAAUUUUAGUCACAAUGCAUUAUUAAACCUUUGCGGUCGGAGUCGCCCGACGAGCGCAGAAAACUUAACUCUUUAGUCUACUAUAUAUACUACCACGCGUAUGUUAUCGUUCAGAAAGAUAGACGUACGCGAGCCGCUUCAUAAUACGUCUCCGCAGCUGUAAACUCAAUUGGGCGGCUAUAUGCCGACACGCGUCCGCAAGGAAAUAGUGCAAUUUAUCUUUACAAUUAGCAAUUGGCUAGCUACUUCUUACAUGAAUCAAAGUUAUAUAAGUCAAAUAAGUUGGAUAUAAUAAGUAUUAAACGCAGAAGCAGUGACUAUCAAAUCAACAUGAAGCUACUAUCGAUUCUUUUCGCGAUUCUGAUCUGCGAUCAAGUUGUUGAUGGUUAUCGCAUUCUCGGAAUAUUUCCGUAUAACGGUAAAAGUCACUGGAUUAUGCAAGAAGAAUUGAUGAAAGGCUUAGCGAAACGUGGCCAUCAAGUUGACGUAGUCACACAUUUUCCGCAAAAGAAGCCGAUACCCAAUUAUACGGAUAUCAGUUUGGCGGGUAGUAUGCCGCCUGUUAUGAACAAUUUCACCGCAACGACAGUCAAAGACAUAGCAGUCAGCAUGAUAUUGAUUGGAUCAUUUGCUUAUACAGCCGGGAUAAAAGUUUGUCAACUGAUGGAUCACCCGAAGAUACAAGAACUGAUCAAGAACCCGCCGCAGAAUCCUCCUUAUGACAUAGUUAUUACGGAGUUGUUUGCGACACCGUGCUACCUGGCCUUUGGCCGUCAUCUCAAUGUUCCCAUAGUCGCUACGGUGGCUAGUAUUUUUCACGAUUGGCUCAACGAGGUGUCCGGCAAUCCAUUUAAUCUCGCUUACAUUCCAAGCUUGCUCUCGACAUACACCCAACGCAUGAGUUUCACGCAACGAGUGGCAAACGUUAUUUUAUCAAACUACUUCUCAGCACAAGUACAUUAUGAAACGAAUUCACAAUUGGAAUUCGUGAAAAAGCACUUUGAUAUAGAUGUGUCACACAUAAAGGACUUGUACCGCGACAUAGCUUUGUACCUGGUCAAUACUCAUCACUCGUUACACGGAAUUAGGCCAAUGACCACUAAUGUAAUCGAAGUCGGCGGUGUGCAUCUCAAGGACGACGAUCCAUUGCCGCCGGAAGUGCAAAAAUGGUUGGACGAAAGCAAGAAUGGUUGUAUUUAUUUUACGUUCGGUUCCAUGGUAAGGAUUGAAACUUUUCCGAAGGAAAUAACAGAACAAUUCUAUGCAUCUUUCGAGAAGAUCGCGCCAGUUCGUGUGCUGAUGAAGGUCGCGAAGAAAGAAGAUUUGUUGCCAGGAUUACCGAAGAAUGUCAUGACGCAAUCUUGGUUUCCGCAGAUCUCCGUUCUAAAACAUAAAAAUACACGUGGUUUCAUUACGCACGGCGGCGGCUUAGGAACACAAGAAUCGAUAUAUUGUGGAGUUCCUAUGAUAGGCAUUCCUCUUUUCGGUGAUCAGCGCAUCAAUAUUCAAAAUUACGUCAACAAGAAGGUGGCUGUCGCCUUUGAAUCAAUAUAUGAUGUUACCGAGGAGAAAUUAACUUCCGCAUUAAAUAAAAUCUUAAAGGAUCCUUCUUAUUAUAAAAAUGUACAGAGACUUUCAAAACUGUUUGUCGAUCGACCGAUGAGCGCCUUGAACACGUCCAUAUUUUGGAUAGAGUACAUCGGGAAACAUGGAAAUGUGCUUCAAUCACCAGCGAUUGAUCUCUAUUGGUGGCAACUAAACUUACUCGACGUUUAUGCCUUUAUAGUUGCCGUGAUUAUUAUAGCACUUUGUAUCGUGCUGUUUGUUCUACGAAAAUUGAAGAAUCUUUUAUUUGGAUUGCCCGCAAGGAAAGACAGCGCAGCGAUUAAAUUGAAGAAGAACAAGUGAAAAAACAUUGCGACACGUACUGUACAAGUGUGUAUUAUUUUAUUUUUUACCUUAUUCUACGAUUACUCUACGUGAUUAAAUGGGUGAUUAUUAUUUAAUGAUAAUAGCUUCUUUAUUAUGAUC